AUGGGGUCCCUAUUUAAAUUGCGUGACCACUGGUAUAGCAAUUACCACGGUGAGGAGUUCAGUCACACCUCUGCGCUGGCUGUGGGGAAUGUUGACAACGACGCCGCCGGUGAAAAUGAAAUCAUCCUCGGCUCCUUCAGCGGCCUGCUGCGGGUGCUGCGGCCCACAAAGAAGGGCGCCGCCCAGCCGGAGGACACACUCUUUGAACGGGAGUUUGGUGAGCCGAUCUUGCAAGUGGCGUGUCGACCACUGGAGCCGGUGAUGGGAGGAGCGGCUCGCAAUUUACUGGCAAUUUUGUUUCCCAAGAGACUCGUGCUUGCCCGAGUGUUGCGUGAUAAAGAAACAAUGAAUGAGGAGGAAACUGUGGGUGGAGCUUUAGAUGUCUCUUAUCGACUUGGUAUGUAUCACGAGGCAAGACUAAAACACACUUCAUAUAAUUUUACCUACGGUACAUUUGGUCGUACAGGGCAUGAAAUGGUGUGUGUACAGUCUAUGAAUGGACAACUCACUAUAGUAGAUCAUAAUAUGAUUGUCCUUCACUGUUUUAUACCAAGUACACAAUUUUUAUUACCAGGAUGUUUAGCGUAUUCUCCUCAACGAGAUUAUUUUAUUACAAAUAAUUCUGCUAUGAAUCUUGUUUGCUAUACAUUUUCAAGUCUUACUAGUACUUCUGUGAAACAAGGGAUGCGAGAUAACGGAAAUGCUGAAAAUGAUGAAAGAGAAGGAGAAGGAGGAGAAGGAGAAGCGUUAAAGGAAAAAGUGGAUGAUAUUUCACCAAUAUGGACUUUUUCUUUAGGAGAAGAUGUUGUAGCUAUUGAAGUAUGUCGUCAUACACGUGGACUUGAUGUAGAUGAUUCCGAUAUUGUAUUAUUAUGUCAGUUUACUCUAUUUGUUCUAUCUUUAAAUGGUGAAUUACGUUAUUCAAAACGUUUAGAUGUGGAAGGAUUAUGUCUAACUUCAUACCCUCUCCCAAGUGUAGAUGCAUGUAACCUUCUUAUUGGUACUAUAAGAGGAUCUGUAAAUGUUUACUCGGAUAUGUCUCUUGAGUGGAGUGCGAAGAUGUCAUCAGGUGCUCCACAAUGCCUUGUUGUUUCAGAAUUAUUUAAGACAAAUGGAUUUAUUGUUUCCCUUAGUACCGAUGGAGUUGUGGCUGUUAAUUAUUUAGGUACAGACCCUGAAGAAAAUCCUAUUCAACCACUAGAGAGUAGAGAGACGGAAUAUGCAGAGAUGGAAAGUGAACUACGUCGUGUUCAACAUGCUAUCAAACAGGCAAGUAACAAUGAAACAGUAUCUGUAAAGAAUGAAGUGCAUGUGGAGACAACCGUACAUGCAUCCUGGGGAUCACCAACAGCUAUUACAGAAGGACAAGAGGGUACAACCGUAUCAACAUUAACACUACGCAAUGAUAGUAAGAAGGAUAUUCUAGGAGAAGUGACUGUAAUUGUAAAAGUAGUGGAACCAAUAAAGGUUAAUGUACAACAAAGCAUUCUUAAAGGUAUUCCAGCUGAAGGGAUGACACAAAUUCCUUUUCGAUUUAAUGCUUUAGAUGUUAAGGAUAUGAUUAUACCUUCUUCCUUAGAUGUAAAUGCUAUGGUAAUGUACACAAACGCUGAAGGUGUAAGUUGUACUACGAACGCCAUUGUACGUCUUCCUUUUUCUCUUGUAGCUCGACCUAGUCCACCUGUGAAAAAUCCUUAUUUUGUUAUGCAACUUAACACAGAUAAGGAAAAACCACCUUCUUUGCUAGAAAUCUUUUCAGAUAUGACGUACUCUUCCCAUAUAUCAGAAAACAUAUUUACAGUUGUUUACACUAACGGUGCUGAUGCCACUAUUUUGGUUUCAAAAAAUGCGAGUCGUUUUCGUUUACAAGCUUCCACUAUGGAAGCUCUUUGGCUUCUUGCUGAUGAACUUCGUAGAAGAUUGUAUGAUUACUAUGGCCCAGAAGUAAAACUUAGUGUUCCUGAUCCUAUUCCUUUAGAGAAUUAUUAUCGCGUUAUCGAAACCCAUAUUGAUGUGAGGAAGGAAAUGACAGAAGCACAAGAAGCUUUAUCGAAAGCUGCCCAAAUGUUUAGAGUAAUACAAAAACGUCUAUUGGAACUAUUUCGAGAGCGUAAUCCUGCACCUGUUGGUACGAUGGAUGUACUUUUAGAAGAGAGUUACAACAAUUUACAAAAAUGUACGGAUACGGUUACUUCUACCAUGUUACGACUUCGACAGGCAUGUGCUAUGUUGUGUUGUUGUUCUAGAUUGGUUGUAUUGAUGCUAGUGAUAAAAUGCCAAGAAACUCUGAAAAAAAAAGAUGAUAUUCGUCUUCUUGAGUCUAUCUUUACUUGUGAGAUUAAUUCUGAUAAUGAUGUUGGUUGGGAAGAAAUUACAGAUACACUUUUGGAACGUCUUUUACAGGGUUCUCUUAAUCGGACUGUUAAAUCAACAUCUAGUGGUAAUGAUCAACUUGCUGUAAACCUUGAUGGAGGACGUUUAAAAAAACGUAUUGGUACUCUUUUUGAGAAAAUUCUUACCGGGUCAUUGGUCACAUUUUCAUAG